AUGUACCCGGUGUUUAUAUUAACAGUGACCAUGACCGUGUCGGUGGUGCAAGGGUGCUCCAGUUCAGAGAGCUGCAGCACAACACCAACACCCAACGCAACUUCUAGAGACUACUGUUACUCUGCUCGAAUACGCAGCACAGUCCUCCAAGGACUGCCGUUUGGUGGCGUGCCUACUGUCCUUGCCCUUGACUUUAUGUGCUUUUUGGCGCUGCUGUUCGUGUUUUCCAUCUUGAGGAAAAAAGCAUGGGACUACGGGCGCCUUGCCCUGGUGAACGAUGCCGACAGAGUAGCGGAACAGCGAUACAGUCGUUUGGAUGAUCGAGAUUACAUGAACUUCUCCUGUGUGAGCGUGCCGUGUGAGCCACACAAACAGGACACGUACAGGGAGAGUAUGGGUUCCACUGUGCCAUCCGAGAUAUCUGAACGCUAUGAGCGUCUCACCUCUGUGUCAAGCUCUGUGGACAUUGAUCAGAGAGACUACGGCUUCUGCUCCUGGCUGACUGCCGUCUUUCGCAUCAAGGAGGACGAGAUCAGGGAGAAGUGUGGUGAAGACGCAGUGCAUUACUUGUCUUUUCAGCGUCAUAUCAUUGGCCUGCUGGCCAUCGUGGGUGUACUAUCUGUGGGCAUCAUCUUACCUGUUAACUUCUCAGGAAACCUGCUAGACAACGAUGCGUAUAAUUUUGGACGAACUACAAUUGGUAAUCUGGAUGCAGAUAAUGCACUACUGUGGCUGCACACUACGUUUGCAUUUCUCUACCUGUUGCUGACUGUGAUCAGCAUGAGGCGGCACACGUCUAGGAUGCACUACAAAGAGGACGAUCUGGUGAAACGCACUUUAUUUGUUAAUGGCAUCUCCAAAUAUGUUGAGGAGAAUGAGAUAAAGCAACACUUCGAACAAGCUUAUGAGAACUGCAGUGUUCUGGAAGCUCGCCUCUGUUACGAUGUGGCCAAGUUGAUGUAUCUCAACUCUGAACGGAAGAAGACAGAGCGCAGCAAGAAGUUCUUUCUUGACCUGCAGGCCAAAGAGCACGAUAAAACCAUGAUCAACCCAAAACCCUGUGGACACCUUUGCUGUUGUAUCAUUAAAGGCUGCGAGCAGGAAGAAGCUGUGAGCUAUUACACCAAGCUGGAGGCCCAAUUAAAAGAUGAAUACAGGAAGGAGAGAGAGAAGGUUAACAAGAAACCUUUAGGAAUGGCCUUCAUCACCUUUCAGAAUGAGUCCAUAACUGCCAUAAUCUUAAAGGACUUUAAUGCGUGCAAGUGUCAGGGCUGUAAGUGCCGUCGCGAGCCCAAAGUGUCUCAGUUCAGCUCCAGGCUGAACGUACGCAACUGGACCGUCAGCUACGCUCCUGAUCCACAAAAUGUCUACUGGGAGCAUCUGUCGGUGGGAGGAGCCUCCUGGUGGCUCCGCUUUUUCAUAAUCAACUGUGUCCUGUUCCUUCUCCUCUUCUUCCUCACCACCCCUGCCAUCAUCAUCACCACCAUGGACAAGUUCAAUGUUACCAAACCAGUGGAGUACCUAAAUAAUCCAAUCAUCACCCAGUUCUUCCCCACCCUUCUUUUAUGGUCUUUCUCUGCUUUGCUUCCUACCAUUGUCUACUACUCUGCCUUCUUCGAAGCCCAUUGGACUCGGUCAGGAGAAAACAGGACCACGAUGCACAAGUGCUACACCUUCCUAAUCUUUAUGGUCCUGUUGCUGCCCUCUCUAGGACUCAGCAGUUUGGAUGUUUUCUUCCGAUGGCUUUUUGACAAAAAGUUUUUGUCAGAUGCUAAAGUGCGAUUUGAGUGUGUCUUCCUUCCUGACAAUGGCGCCUUCUUUGUGAACUAUGUGAUUGCGUCUGCGUUCAUCGGUAACGCCAAUGACCUUCUGAGGAUCCCUGGUUUGCUCAUGUACAUGAUCCGCCUGUGCUUGGCUCGCUCUGCGGCUGAACGGAGGAAUGUUAAAAAGCAUCAAGCCUAUGAGUUUCAGUUCGGAGCAGCUUAUGGCUGGAUGAUGUGUGUCUUCACUGUGGUUAUGACCUACAGCAUUACUUGCCCGAUCAUCGUCCCGUUUGGGUUGAUGUACAUGCUACUCAAACACCUGGCGGACAGGUACAACAUGUACUAUGCCUACCUGCCGACCAAACUGGACAAGAAAAUCCAUUCUGGAGCCGUCAACCAAGUGGUGGCUGCACCAAUUCUCUGCCUCUUUUGGCUUCUUUUCUUUUCCACUGUCCGUUCUGGGUUCUCCGCUGCAACAUCCAAGUUUACCUUUGCGAUUCUGAUCAUCACCAUCAUAAUUUGCCUUUCUCAUGUCUGCUUUGGACAUUUUAAAUAUUUAAGUGCCCACAACUAUAAGAUUGACCAGGAGGUGGAUGGGAUGGAGAACGGAAGAUCGGUGCGACCCUCUUCUGCAACCAAGAAAAGCCUGCAGUUUGUUUCCAUUCUGGGAGCAGGACUCCUGUGUGGGACAGCACUCGCCAUCACCAUCCCUGAAGGUGUGGGUUUACUGGAGGAUUCAUGGAGAGCACCCUCCUCUUCCUCUGAUGAGCUGCUCAGUUUGAACACCAGUGAAAAGACAAACUCUUCCUCAGAGGAAGCCACCCCGCCUCGAUUCUACAUCGGGGUGGCUUUAACGUUCGGGUUCACCUUCAUGUUUGCCGUUGACCAGAUUGGAGGUUACCUUUCCACGCGUGACCAAACAGUGCAUACGACAAAUCGUGUCCACAUCACAGCCACCCUGGGGCUGGUCAUUCAUUCUGCAGCUGAUGGAUUUGCUCUGGGUGCUGCUGUGGCCACAGGUCAGGUGACCGUGCAAGUCAUCGUAUUUUUUGCCGUCAUUCUACACAAGGCGCCUGCAGCUUUUGGUUUGGUCUCCUUUCUGAUGCACGCCGGCCUCGAGAAAAAACACAUUCAGGGACAUUUACUGGCCUUCUCAGCCGCAGCUCCGGUAGUUGCCAUCAGCACUUACUUCAUCUUGCACUCGUCUGGAAAUUCUGCUGAGAACCAGCUCAGUGCCACAGGCGUGGGCAUGCUCUUCUCAGCUGGGACGUUCCUCUACGUGGCCACCGUGCACGUUCUCCCUGAAAUCAGCAACAGCCGGAAAGAAGAGCCGCUCUCUGACCUCCAGGAGCUCCCCGAAGCCGAGAGCCACGGGCAGCGGCACCUGGGGCUCCUGGAGAGCCUCACGCUCAUCCUCGGCGUGGGGCUUCCGGUCGUGAUGGCCUUCGGACUGCACGAUGACUAAAAAGAAACUUUAGUGCAAUCUCGACUGGAAGAAAAACUGUUGGAGGACUUCCUGUUUGGACCAAU